CAAGCAGUGUGCCCUCCCAUUCAGAUUUCAUCCUCGGCGUCGUCUCCUGUCCUCUCCACGCCAAGCAACCUCCCCACCCCGCCCCACCCUCCAUGCUCGCCUCGAGAUCUUAGCGGGCAGCUCCGGAGAGCGCCGACGAGCCCCCUGAUCCCUCCUCGCCGCCGCCGCCAACCGACCGGGGGAGGAGAGGAGGGGAGGGGAGCGAUGGAGACCGCCGACUACUCCGGGAAGCUCUUCGUCGGCGGCAUCUCAUGGGAGACGGACGAGGACCGCCUCCGCGAGUACUUCGGCCGCUUCGGUGAGGUCACUGAGGCCGUCAUCAUGCGGGACCGCAGCACGGGCCGCGCUCGAGGGUUCGGUUUCGUGGUCUUCGCUGACGCCACGGUCGCCGAGCGCGUCACCAUCGAAAAACACAUGAUCGACGGCCGAAUGGUGGAGGCCAAGAAGGCUGUUCCCAGGGAUGACCACAGUAUUGUGAGCAAGAGCAACACAAGCAGCAUAGGGUCACCUGGGCCGGGCCGUACCAGAAAGAUCUUUGUUGGAGGUCUGCCCUCAAAUGUUACAGAGGCUGACUUCAGGGGGUAUUUUGAGCAGUUCGGUGUCAUAACUGAUGUGGUUGUGAUGUAUGAUCACAACACACAGAGACCGAGGGGCUUUGGAUUCAUCACCUAUGAUUCAGAAGAUGCUGUGGACAAAGCCCUGCACAAGAGCUUUCAUGAGCUAAAUGGUAAAAUGGUUGAGGUCAAGAAGGCUGUUCCAAAGGAGCAGUCUCCUGGACCUGUUGCACGCUCACCUGCAGGAGUGGGGCAGAACUAUGCUAUGAACAGGGUUCAUAGCUUCUUGAAUGACUUCAACCAGGGUUACAAUCCGAACCCUAUAGGAGGUUAUGGCAUGAGGGUGGAUGGAAGGUUUGGCCAGCUUUCAGGUGCACGAAAUGGGCUCUCUUCUUUUGGCCCAGGUUAUGGGAUGGGUAUGAACGUUGAAGGUGGGAUGAGUGGAACUUUUGGUGCAAACUCUGGUUUCAUCAGUAACUCCAAUGGGAGGCAAAUGGGUUCAUACUUCAAUGGAAGUUCGAAUAGAUUGAGUAGUUCUAUUGGGUAUCUUGGUUAUGACUCAGGAUCGAUGUUGAGUUCCAUGUCUAGGAAUUUUAAUGCAGGUGUAAACUACCCGAUCAAUCCUACAAACAUGAGUGCUUUUGCUGCCCUUGGAAAUGGGGGUGGCGUCAAUUAUAUGGGUCUCCCUUCUAUUGCCCCUGAGUUGGCCCAGUUGGGCAACAUUUCAAGCCUUGGGUCAGGGAACUUUAGCCGUGGAGCUGGAGUUAAUAACUUAAGUUUACCUUCUGGCUCCUAUGGGAGGAGCAAUUCAACUGGUACAAUUGGUGAGCCUUUUUCUGCAUCAGGCAAUGCAUAUGAAGUGAACAACCCAGAUACAUAUGGGAACAGCUCUAUUUAUGGUGGCACAUCCUGGAGGUUCCCUUCAUCUGAAGUUGACGUGCCUUCUUUCAGUCAUGAUCUUGGAAAUGUUGAUCCGAAUAUGAAAUCAGACAUAUCAGCAAAUUACAUGGGAAAUUAUUCUGUUAGCAACAAUCAGCCAAGCAGAGGUAUCACUUCAUAGUGGGAGUAUUACUACACAUUCAUAUAUGACUUGGGAUAGAUGAAGCACCCAUUCAGUCAGGCAGCCAGGUGCGUGCAUGGCAACUGUGAAUGGGUGAUAUGUCAGGUUAGUUUUGUCUAGCUGACCAGCGGUGUGGUUUACAACACCAACAUGCUAGAGGAGGAGGAAGCGGAUACAGAAACAUUUUCUGAGGGGCUUCUUUUCUUUGAGUCAUGUUUUUAGUUUUGAUUCCUGCGCGUGGCUAGCUCCUUUUGGUUUUUGAAUGAGAUGUGUAGUGGUGAUUAUUGCGGCGCAUAUUUUAGAGAUCGUGGUUCUUCCAACAUAAGCUGGAAAAAGAAGUCUGUAUACGGAUGAACAUGUAUACCAACCAAAGGGAUGCUGUAUUAUCUUGCCCAUUUGUUACUACAUUAGCCUGUGUUUU